AUGGACGAGGCGAGCACCUCGGCGUCCGGAGGCUCCGCGGGGCGCGGCGGGCGCUCCUUCCGGCCGGCGAGAUCGGGAGUAUUCUAUAGAUUCACCCAGCAGGAUCUUCCAGCUUGGAAACCGGCAAUGACACCAGGAUGUGUGAUAACCAUUUUCUUGAUCGUUGGGAUCACUUUUGUACCUAUUGGGCUAGUUUGUCUUCAGGCUUCAAACAGUGUUGCAGAAAUCGUUCACCGUUAUGAUAUUGAUUGCGUGCCUAAUGCUUACAGAGGAAAUAAGCAGGCCUAUAUCAAAGACAGCUCGAUCUCAAAGAAAUGUAUUCAGAAAGUGCAGGUUCGGUAUCGUAUGAAAGCUCCAAUAUAUGUCUAUUAUGAACUAGACAAUUUCUACCAGAAUCAUCGUAGAUAUGUCAAAAGUAGAAGCGAUAAGCAACUACGCCGUGGCCUCGAACACACUGAAAGCUCAUGCAGUCCGAUAGAAAGGAGCAAUGGCCUUCCAAUUGUUCCCUGUGGACUGAUUGCCUGGAGCUUGUUCAAUGAUACUUAUGGUUUUACCCGUGGAUCAAAGGAAAUAAUGGUUGAUAGGAAAAAUAUUUCAUGGAGAAGUGAUCGGGAACAUAAGUUUGGCAAGGAUGUCUAUCCUUUCAACUUUCAGAAUGGAUCCCUGAUCGGUGGAGGAAAACUUGACCCUAAUGUACCACUGAGCAAUCAGGAAGAUCUUAUUGUGUGGAUGCGCACAGCUGCCCUUCCCCAAUUCCGAAAGCUCUAUGGUGUCAUUGAAGAGGAUAUUCAAGCUGAUGAAACCAUUACCAUGCACAUAACAAAUAAUUACAACACCUACACUUUUGGUGGGAAGAAAAGCCUAGUUCUUACAACAUCAACCUGGCUGGGUGGCAAGAAUGACUUUCUUGGAUAUGCAUAUAUGAUCACUGGUUCCCUGAGCAUUUUCUUGUCCAUUCUCUUUGCUCUGAUUCAUGUGAAAGUUCCAAGGCCACAUGGUGAUGCUGCUUAUGUAUCUUGGAGUAGGAAAAACAGCAAUAGCUGAGGUUUCCGUCUAGUUGUUUGUGUAAGGUAUACGCCUGAUUACCCCUUGCAAAACAUUCUCUUCCCUCGUUCCUGAGACAACAUACAGUUGAGAUGAUAUUCCAGGUACUCUGUCAUGCACCUAGCGGGGUAGAACCCCGACCGGCGGUUUCCUUGCCGCACCAUGCUCGUGCUUCUGAAGGGUGCUGGUAAAGUAGCAGCUUCAGGUUCCACACUGUUGGAGAACAAAAUGCUUGAUUACUGCCGUGGGAAUAUGUCCGUAAUUCACUAUCAUGUUCAUGGAAUUUAGGCUACCGCUCUUAUGCGUCCUUCAGGGAACUAUUGUGUCGUAUACAUGGAUAUAUGUAAAGCAGCAUACCGUGUACAUAAUGUUGUAUUGAGUGUAUGUAUCUUCAGUUUCACACUUGGAAUGAAAGCAUAUGCUACAUCUGUGCCACAUAUUGGUUAGGAUAUUGGCAUUGUUCGAUAUGUUGACCAUUGAUUAAUUUCCUUAAGAUUAUGCUAGUUCUAAAUUUUGAA